UGAUAAUCUUGAUGAGAUAGAUAAAAAGAGUGGGAAGUCUUUAUUAAAAAUUGCAUUAUAAUAAUUUAUAAUUAGUCAAAGCAUUAUUAGCUAAGAAGGUUGAUGUUAAUUUUUUGAAAAAGAUUGAUAAAAGCACUCCUUUGUCGACAUUAAUUUAAUUGAAUUUUAUAGAAGGAGCAUAAGCAUUAUUAUAGACUCAUUAAGUUGAUUUAGAAGUGGAGAUCGAAGGUAGAUCUUAUUUAGAACAUGCAGUUGUUAUUGGAACAGUUUAAAUAAUAUAAUUAUUGAUGAGUAAUUAGUGAUAUCAAUUUAAAAUAUAAGGGAUCUACCAAACGAAACUUAUUACAUUUGGCAAUAAAUGCAGAAUAAGAUGAAAACACAUAAUUUUUAAUUUAAAAUGAAAUUUGAUUAAUAAAUUAAGAUGAAGAUUAAGAGAAUAUUUUACAUUUAUUAUUAAUUUGAAUAAUUUUUUUUGUUUAAUAAAAUAAUAUCUUUUAAGUAAAUAAUCAUAUGAAUCUACAAUUUUAGUAUAUAAUGGUAUUGUAGAAUUGCUUAAUGCAAUAAUUAAAAGACCUAUAAAUAAGCCAUUAUAGAUUGAUAUAUGGAAUUAGUAAAAUAAAGAAGAAAAUACAUCAUUACAUAUUGCUGCUAUUAAUGAUAAGUAAUUAUUUCUGAAUGUAUUACUUUCAAAUAAGGAUAAUGUUAAUUUAGAUGUAAAUAAAUUAAAUAGAGCUGGAUUAAAUUAUUAAUAGAUAAUUGAAGAUAGAAAAAAGAAAGUUGAAUUAGAAUAAUAGGAGUAAUAAGUUAGAAAAAGAUUAAUAGCAGAAGAUAGUGUAAAUAUUAAAUUAAUUAAAUAGAAAGAAUGAUAAUAAUAAAGGGCUAAAGAAGUAAAAAUUAGAUAAUAGAAGAAAAAGAAUAAAAGUAAAGAUAAAAAGAAGCAGAAGCUAAUAAAGAGAUAUUAUAGAAGAAGGAAGAUACAAAAAUAGGUUUUUGAUGUUGGACAUCUUUGCAAUUGUUAUUUUAGGAUUUUAUAUAGUGUUGUAAUUUAGUAUAAAGAAGAAAUGA